AUGACGGUAGUCGUUAAGCUUCUAGGCAGAUAUAACUCGCUUCGUAGCAAGCUGUAUGAUCUUUGGAAAUCCAAACCCCAAUCUGACUUCUUGAACGCCAUCUCAGUUGGUCCUUGGACAAUUUUCGGCAACUAUCUCACCGUUGAGACUUGGUCCAUCGAAUUUUCCACUACACAACCAUAUCCUCAGAAAGCUGGUGCUUGGAUACAUCUUUCGGGAUUGCCUGUCACGCUUUAUAAGCGUGGCAUCAUCAAUGAGAUGGGCGAAUGCAUGAGACUUGUAGUUCGCAUGGACUAUCGAAAUGAUAGUGGGAGGCAGGGACGUUUUGCUCGCAUGGCAGUUACGAUUGACUUGCAUAAACCCCUUGUUUCCAAGCUCCUAAUUAGUGGAAAUAUUCAGAUUGUAGAGUAUGAAUCGCUCCCGAGAAUAUGUUUUUCCUAUGGAAAGUAUGGACACGUUCAAGAUCAUUGCCCAGACCUAGCUCCUAAAGUUGACACCGCUCCUACUGCUGACCAACCAAGCGCUGACCAACCCCCCUUGGAUUCAUCUGCACCAUUUGGGCCUUGGAUGGUCGUUGAGCGCAGGCAGCGACGCUCGAUAAAGAAACAAUCAGAAGCUACUGUUCCCACCGAUAACAUCAUCAUUGUUGCAUCCAAAUUCAAACCAAUUUUUUAG